CAUUUUUUUCUUGCUAUACAACUUUUGUAAUGGGCUUAAUCGAUAAAAUUAAAAACAGUUACGAUUAUUAUAAAGUGGACAAAUAUACAAAAAGACGUACAUCACAGUCUCAAUUUGAGUCUCAUGAUCGUCGAUAUUAUGAAAAUGUAUAUAGGGAUGGUGAUUACCUGAAUCCAGAGGAUGUAAUGAAUAAUAAUGCAUCUAAAAACACUACACAUUUAGCAUAUCGAAACUCUCGUUGGUCUUUUCCGGAAUUAUUAAGGAAGUCAAGUAAAAAGCAACUUCCAGCAGUUGUUGCUAGUCAAUUGAAAAAUUCAGAAAAUUAUACUUUGGGUCGUGCCGCUUAAGUAAAAAAAAAAGAAGCGAUACUAAAAAGUGUAUAAUUAUUGUACAUAGUCUGUCAGUAGGAAAUAAUGACCGUCGUCAGCUUUUUUUUUUCUUGUUUUGUUUUUUUGUUUUUGUUUCUUUUAGACUGAAUUUUGCCGGAGCUUUAAUAAAUAAAUGGUUAUUGUAGCUAUACAAGAUUCUGUGUUGCCC